GAGAGAGAGAGAACGCUUCUUCCGGUGCUCAAUUGUUCCUGUCUGAGCAGACUCGACUUUUUCUGUCUGUAAGAUCCAACAUGGCGGCGUCUACAGCUUCACGUGAGCUCUUCACGGACGGAGUCAGAGCGGUUCUGCACACCUGGCCUGUUCUACAGAUUGCCGUGGACAACGGGUUUGGUGGGUUGUACGGGCAGCAGAAAGCAGAUUGGAUGGUUGAUGUGGUCCAGCAGUAUUUCCAUGACAAUGCUGACCUGCAGCAGUAUGAGGUGGAGGACUUCAUCGCUCAGCUGAUGGAUCAGGAAUUUGACACAGUGGUGGAUGAUGGGAGUUUACCUCAGGUGUCUGUCAGUCUGCUGCAGGUGUUCAGUCAGUGGCAGCAGGGGGCACUGCAGCAGCUCAAACAUACCAUCAACUCUCUGACACAGAAGACAAGUCAGAGGGCAAAGGUCACAGCUCCAGCCACACAGUCUGAUGAUGACAGUGAUGAUGAAACACAGGUGAUGGACUGCGAGUCAUCCAGUCCAUCAGUCAGCAGGACAGAACCUCGUCCUCCUUGUCAAGAUGAAGAGGACGGCUGGACGGUGGUCCAGAAGAAGAAGUGAUGAAGAGCACAGAGCGCAGAAUGAACUGUUGACCUUUGACCCUCAACAUGGGACUGUAAACAACUUUUCUAGUGGAUGAUGAACUGUUACCGUCGUCGUGGCGAUCUGAGUGCAGAGGGGAUGCCAUCUUUCCAGAGGAGUCUGUUUUUAUAUUAAAUGUGUUGAAGCUGC